AUGCCGCGCCUUACCCCCUCUUCCGUCGACCCGCACCCGUCGACAUGUUACCGCGACGACCCCAUCUGGCGCGCGCCCGACGCCCGCUCGCCGCUCACCGGCUCCAACUUGUUUUCUCCCGCGACAACUCGCACCAAUACGUCGCGCACGGGCCCUGCAUCCGGCUCGCAGCGUUCCCGGUCAAAGGAAGCCCAUCCCCUCUUCUUUCCCAGGCCCCGGCCCCGGCCCCGCAGACCCCGCCCGGUUCCUCUGGGGCGACGCCAGCUCCUCCCGUCUUCCCGUACCCCUGCCCCGCCGACGUCCUCCUCCUCCUCCUCCUCCACCACCUUCUCCCCCACCUCGCCGCGCGCGCACGUCCUGUGCCUUUCCUCCGCUGCCGGCCCGGGCUCGCGCAGCGCGCGGUCUGGUUCCCUCACGCCCAGAAGUGCGCGUGUUCAGUACGACGACGGCCCGCCCCUGCGCUCUGGGGCGUGCUCAAACGAGAGCCGCACGGCGUCCGCGCUUCGCGUCCAGUUCGCGUCGCCGCGCACGAGCGCGUGGCCAGUCCGAACAUAA